GCGAAGAAAGAUACCGACAAGAGAGGUUCGUACAAGACGUGCGUUGAUAUAAAUACUGGUCAGCGCCAUAUUUGGCAGGUUUAACUUAGGGAUGAAAAGGUUGAGUUUAUAUACUAAUGGGAGCAAAGUGAAUCAAAUAAUAUGCGCUUUUUUGAUUUGUCUGCCCAUUUUCACCUACGGAACGAGUAUAGGAUGGAUGUCGCCAAUGACGUUACUGCUACAGUCAAACAAAUCCCCCAAAGGGGUACCCCUUACUGAUGGAGAAAUAUCCUGGAUGGCAUCGUUACCAUACCUAUCCUGUGUGCCAGCCACGUAUCUCAUGGCAUACUUGGGAGACCGGUUCGGAAGGAAGACCACGCUUCUAUUCAUGUCUCUGGCUGGAGCAGCAAUUUGGCUGCUCAAGCUAUUUUCUAUGAAAAUAUGGGUGUUCAUCAUUGCUCGCACCCUUGUCGGGAUCAUUAUGGCCGGAUCGUGUGUCACUUGUCCGACUUACAUAAAGGAGAUUAGUGAAGACAGUAUAAGAGGCGCUUUGGGAUGCUGGGGAGCACUUUUUGCCGGCACGGGCAGUCUAUUUGCCUACAUCAUUGGCGACCUAUUGACUUACAAUACGAUCUUAUGGGUGUUCUUAGCGAUACCUGUAUUACAUUUUGUGAUGUUCCUUGCUAUGCCGGAGUCACCUUCGUAUCUAGUGAAGAAAGGAAGAGUGGAGGAAGCAACCUGUGCACUAGCUUGGCUCCGGUGCAGAAGUUCUGUGGACACCGUGAUACAUCACGAAAUAGAAGUCAUAAUGAAAGAACAGAAAAGAGACGAAGAGAAUAAACAAUUCAUGUUGAAAAGCAUACUAACAGACAAAAUUCUCUUCAAGGCCUUUCAAAUAGCCUUAGUCGCCGCUUUGUCCAGGGAGGUAUGUGGUGCAGUUCCUGUACUGAACUUUGCUGGAGACAUCUUUAACUUGGCCUCGAAAGAGGACACGGGAUUGGUGCUCAGUCCGAACCAGCAGGCCAUGAUGCUUGGUGUAGUGCAGCUCAGUGGGUCACUUCUAGCGUCUAGUGUGGUUGAGAGGUUUGGUAGAAAGAGGCUUAUGAUCAUAACCUGCCUCGCAUCUGGCCUCAGCAUGUGCCUGCUGGCCACUUGGUUCCUCAUCACCGACUUGAACGUCAUCACCUCAGCCUGGAUACCCGUCAUCACGUUAUGUGUAUGCAUCUUCUGUGAUGCAGCUGGGCUUAUGCCCAUAUCUGUGGUAAUCACGGGUGAAAUAUUCUCUUAUAAGUAUCGUGGGUCAGUAUUAGCAACAACGAUGGCGAUCGCUUCCAUAGCUGACUUCUUCCAAUUGCUAUUCUUCAAGCCUCUUGCGAAAUCAAUAGGAGUCUACGCAGCGUUUUACUUCUUCGGCACUAUGUGUCUUUUGACAGCAUUAUACGUCAUAUUUAGAGUUCCUGAAACAAGGAAUAGAAGUCUGGAAGACAUUUACAAUGAUUUACGACCAAAGCAAGAGAGGAUAGUAGGAAGAAAGGACGUUGGGUAAUAGUGUAGAAUUUAAAAUGACUUUCUUGUAAUAGUUGAUAAGUCUUUUGUAAUAAUGUUGAAUGUGAGUUGAAGAUUAACCAACUUAAUGAAAUGGCUCCGUUGUGCGCUGAGUUUGGUACUGAUCUGACGUAAAUAUAUCCUGGAGCAAACUGUACUGGGCAAAUCGCAAUUUCAUUUUAAAUUAAAUAGCUUAUAGACGGCAAAUUAUGGAUCCUUUCAAAAAUGUUGUUUCAGUAAAUGUAGUAACAGGCAAUUGGUAGAAAUUAGUUGUGACUGUUUUAAAUAAUGUUAUUUCGAUAUUUUUGAGAUAAUACAUACAGAGGUAAAUCAUUGACGAUGUUUUGCUUGUUUUUAGAUAUUAUGUUCCUAUUUAUAUUAGCAUAGGUAUUGUAUAUUGUGCAUUUAAUAACUAGAGGCUAUACAUUUUUAUAAAUUUAAAUUAAUUUUCCUAUUUUUAACACCGACCCAUUUCUUUGUUUUAUUUAUUAUUUUACCUUUUAAUUUUAGGAAUAUGACUUUUAAAAGUUAUUUUUACGUGUUGAUUUUGUAAAUGACGUUGCAUCAAAAUCCGCCCAGCUGUUUUGAUGAUCGGAAUAUCCAAAAAAUCAUAAUUUUAAAAAAUGACUAAAAAGACAUAUCUAACAUGUUUUUUUUAUCUUAAAUGUAUAAAAAACGGAUAGCAUAAAAAAGCUGUUUUAUAA